UUUAAAUUUUUACAGGAUACACACAUUCACGGUAGCAUUAAAACAACUGAGAUGUCAAUGUUUCAACCAAUGAUAGAGGAAGGAAGGAUACAUGUCAUCUCUAAGUUCAGAGUUAUGAAUUCCUUUGGCAAUUAUAGGGCAACUGAGAAUAAAUUCUCAAUAUGUUUUUGCCGUAUGACACAAGUUCAAGUACUACAAGAAGACAAUGACAAUAUCCCUAGGUACAAGUUCAACUACAAACCAUUCAAUGAGCUUUAUAGAAUGAAAGGAAACAAGACUUAUUUGGCAGAUAUAAUUGGGUUUGUAAAAGAUAUAUACCCCUUGGAGCAAACUAUCAUUUCUGGAAAGCCAGGGACUAGGAGAGCCUUAAAACUAAUCGAUGAAGAAAACACAGAAUGCACUGUUACUUUGUGGAACCAAAUUGCUACAAAUCUAGAGAGCGCACUGAUAGAUCAAGAUCCAAACAACAUGGUUAUGGUGGUCAGUGGAAUCUUUGUUACUAAUUUUAGAGGUAAUAAUUCUGUGUCAUCAAGCACAGCGACCAAAAUCUACGUGAACAUAACUGAACAAAGAGUAUUGGAAUUAUCUCAGAGGUACAUGGAGUCGAAAACACAGAUGCAGCUAAUAGAGACACCAAUUAAUUACAAAUCAAAGCAGAAAUUGCUUGAAACACCAUCUGCAUCUUUGAGCGAUCUUAUUUUAUUCAAUGAUCCAGAAACCGCUGAGGAAUAUUUCUUUAUAUGCAAUGUGAGAAUCAAUACUAUAAUGGAUAACCAAAAAUGGCGUUAUCGCGGAUGUCCAAAUUGUUUUAGAAAAACAAUUGAUGCUGGAGAUACAUUUUGGUGCGCAAAGUGUGACAUAGAGGUAUUUGCAGAAAAUAGCUAUAGGAUAACUAUGGAAGUUCAGGAUGAAUCUGCGAAAACUACUUUCGUUGUUAUGAACAAGGAAGCUGAAAAAUUGGUGAAAAUACCGGCUCAAGAGGUUGCAAGAACAAUUAAACAUGUGAGUACAUCUACCUCUUAAAGUAUUUUGAAACUCAUUUUAAAACACAUUCAGUAUGUGCCUAAAAAAUAUUUAUUCAUUGAUCAGGUUAAUGGUAGAGAAGUUUUCCCGGAAGUGAUAAAAGCCAUAUGUGGAAAAUGUAUUAAGGUUCAGGUAAAACUAACGCGAUAUAAUUUCGUGGAAGGUAAUGAAGGUUUCACAAUAAACAAAGUAAUAGAGGAAACUUCAGACAGU